UUUUUUGAAAGAAUUAACGAAAAAUUGGCGGUAGCUGGAUAUACACAUUUUCCGUGUUCCCGCCAACUAAUUCAUAAAGGGUGUAAUUAUUUAAAAUAAAAAUAAAAAUCAGGUAUUCGACGGAGGCAGAGAGCAAUAGGAAAAUGGAGUCGUCAAAAGCAGCGCCAACUGGUUGCUACAAGUGCGGCCGCCCAGGCCACUGGUCUCGUGAUUGCCCCGAUUCAAACCCUAACCCUAACCCUAACCCCAACCCUGAUCCUAACUCCUCUACUUCCACAUCCACCAAAUUCAAUUCCAGUUCAUCCAAAUCUUACCCCACCACCAAUUCCACUACCUACUCAAAACCAGUGGCUGAAAAGCCAAAGAAAGUCCCAAGAACCAGGCCAAAGCUCACACCUGAAAUUCUUCUUGGAGACGACGGUCUCGGUUAUGUUCUUCGUCAUUUUCCUCGCAACUUUAAGUUUCGAGGCCGUGGCCAUGAGGUGAGUGAUUUAGGGAAUUUGAUUCGCUUAUACAGUGAAUGGCACUCUCACUUGCUCCCUUAUUACUCAUAUGAUGAAUUCGUGCAUAAGGUUGAACAAGUUGCUUCCACCAAACGCGUCAAGAUUUGUCUCAGAGAUUUAAGAGAAAGAGUUGCCAGCGGAGGUGACCCGACAAAGUUGCAUGAAUUACCAACUGAAUUCGCUGAACCUAGUAGCGAACAAGACCACUCAAUUCCUGCUGAAGCUGUGGGAGGCCCAUCUUCGAAUAUCCAUGAUGCUGAUGAUCUACAAGAAGAUAUGCCUCAUGAUAUUUUUGAUAGAGUUACUGAAGCAAAUGUCAAUUCUUCAAAGGAUAUGGUCCAAUCUUCAAAAAGUGGCAUGGAGCCAUUGACUCAAAACAAUAAUGCAACCACGUCCAAUGAAGUUAUGCUUACGGAUGAACAAAAAGCUCGCAUGGAAGCUAAUAGAUUGAAGGCGCUAGAAAGAGCUGCAGCUCGGGCCAAAUUAUUACAGUAAAGCCGACUUGUGAGUUGAGUUUUCUUUGUACAUUUGAAAUUUUAACUACAUUAUGUACAGAUAGUGUGGUUCAAAGGGUUUUCUUUUCCUUUUCUUUAACAGUUCAGCUCAAACACUUAAAGUUGAUGCUGUUGCUAUUUUAGAAGUAUGCAUUUUGAUCUAUAAUGUUGUUAAUUUGUGAAUGCCUACUUAUAAAAGCGGUUCUUAAUUUUUCUUUA